AUGGGGGUGGGGGUCGGGACCUGCUCUCCGGCCUCCGCCGCGGGCUCGCCGGAGCCGCGGUACCCCGGGGUUCGGCGGCGGAGGCCGGGGCUGGCUUCGGGCUUCCCAGCAGCUGUGACAGCGACCCGACAUGAGCUGCACAGCACAGUCACACUGCACCAGACAGAUGCUAAUGUCCCACUGCCCACCCAGAGUGGCUCCUUGCCAGGUACUGGUGGCAUCAGGAACCCUGCAGCUCAGGGACAGACAGUCCUGGCCAUGUUGAGAGUCUCUGUCAUGGUUUCUAGUGCUAAAUUCUCUGACACACACAGGCAGAAGAUUCAUUAUUCAAUUGAAUUCCUUGUGGAUAAUCCCACUCCCACACCAUAUUGUGAUCUUGCCAAUAUCAGCAAUACUUCUAAGUAAGUAAGUAAUUCUUUAAUAAAAGCACUACUGAUUUGCCAAGAUAAAAAUUCCACAUGGCAGCGAGACAUGGAAGACAGGUUUAUUGUGCAGGACAACCAUGAAAGUAGGUCAGAUACAUAUUUUCUGGAGAUUCUUGAUGGCUGUCACAGUGUGACAGCUACAGAAACAAUUGCAGCAAAGCUUCCAUUUUUAUUUCUUGACCAACUUCCUCAAAUAGGUACCUCCUACAAAAAUAAUAAUGACAAAGAGCAAAUUUUAGGUUUUUUUUUUUUUUCCCCCACAGUAAUCAAGGCAGAUUACAGGGAAGAAGAGAAGAACCAGACAAGGAGGAGACCAACAAGACCAGUCCCUAUGAAAGUGUAUGCCAAGUCCUUUUGGAGAAUCAGAUUUUUACAACUGGGAAGGAAUAAGGUUUCCAAAGUUCACUGGAGUGGUUGUUCAGUGGUAAAAAGAAUUCCUACUGAAGAGAUAGAUGGCACUGGGGAGGAAGAAAGAAAACAUUUUGAAAACAACACACACAGUCCAUUAGCCAGGACAGUCGAAGGUGUUGCUGGGCUACCCCACGUUGCUAUUACAGGUAUAUGAUGUGCAGCCUUACAUAAAAAUGGAAAGAGUCAUGUCUCUCAAGAGCACAGCACUUCUAAUGUAAGUGAGAGGACACUUCAGAACAGCGGAAACAUCAGCACUAAUAAACCAGGAGUAGAGGGAUACCUGAGAACUAAGCAGAGAGAUCCAGUAAAAAAAACAUCUGUCAUACCUGUACCUCAUAUUGUAUCUGUCCCUACCAAUGUUACUUGCCAGUUUCUUAUUUUGGCUUCUAAUGAAUGUUCUCGGAAGAAUUAUAGGCAAAGUAAAAAUGGAAUUCCUAAAAAGGAAACCAAUCACCACAAAAAACAACCUAAUCCAGAACUGUCUCUUUUCAGUAACAACAAAGUAAAUUCAAAGAAUAGAGAUACACUACUCCAAUUCUACUGGCAGAAAAAAUGGACUCCAAUGCAUUUUGUGACAAACUGUGAUGCUGGUCAAAAACUGCUAAAGACUGUAUCACCAGUGGGUUCUAAACCACCACCACAGUUUGAAAAAGAAACAAAAAUGUACUCCAUCAAUUGCAAAUCACAAGCUGCAGAAGAGACACAGUCAGCUCAGAGACACUACAAUGCAACACAACAAGUCACUUGUGAACAACUGGCACAGACUGCAUUAGCUGCAGGUUCAAGAGAGAUUAUUACUACUUUGAUCGUACUUCUAAAUGGAUGUGAUAAGAUACCCAAUUACCUCAACAUUUAAAAAUU